AUGCCUCUCUCCAGCGACCCCAAAACCCUCGAGACCAGCAAUGGCAUCAUCGACACGAUGAAAGCUGCAUUUGGCACGCCCCCAGGCUUCCGUCCAGCACACGCAAAGGGCCAACUUAUAACCGGCACAUUCACACCCACAUCCGCAGCCUCAAACCUCACAACAGCCCACCACUUCAACACCCCAUCAACCCCAAUCACAGUCCGCUUCUCCUCCUCAACCGGCAUCCCCAAGAUCCCCGACACGGACCCCAACGCCAAUCCACGAGGCAUCGCGGUCCGCUUCCACCUCCCCAACACCCCCGACGGCAAGCGCUCUCACACCGACAUCAUCGCCCACUCCACCAAGUACUUCCCCGUCCGCACUGGCCCCGAAUUCCUCGGCCUCCUGCACGCCCUAGGCGGCGGCCCAGAAGCCACAGGCAAAUUCCUGUCCGAGCACCCGGAAACCAAGCGCUUCGUCGAGGACCCCAAGCCCUUCCCCGUGAGCCUCGCCACGCAAACCUACUGGGCCAUCAACGCCAUCGGCUUCGUCUCCCCCUCUGGAAAGACAACCUACGGCCGCUACCGCCUCAUCCCGGUCUCCGGCACCCACGUCCUCUCCGAGGCAGACGUCGGCACGAAAGACGACAACUACCUCUUCUCCGAGAUCAACUCCCGCGUCACAUCCGAGCCUGUGGAGUUCAAACUCGUGGUCCAGCUUGCGAAGGAUGAAGACGUCACGAACGACGCGACCGUUCUGUGGCCUGACGACAGAGAGGUGGUUGAGCUAGGCACGGUGAAGUUGGAGAAGCCGCUCGGGGAGCAGGAGAGCUUGGACGAGCAGAAGAAGGUCAUCUUCGAUCCGAAUCCCAGGACGGAGGGGUUGCUGUCGAGUGAGGAUCCGUUGUUGGAUAUCAGGGCGAAUAUUUAUCUUAUUAGCGGGAGGCAGAGGAGGGAGGCGUAG